AUGUCGACGGUAGUAGGCGCACGUUCCGAGCCCACCACGCCGACGGCCACCCGCAAGCGCCCGGCGGCGGAGCGCGUCGCCAACGGCAACGGCGGCAAGAAGGCUCGGUACUCGUUCGGGAGCAUUCGCGACUACGAGACGCUGGAGGUGCUCGGGGAAGGCGCCUACGGCCAGGUCUCGAAGGCGCGCGACCGCCGCACCGGCAAGAAGGUGGCGGUGAAGUGGAUCCGCGCGCCCGACAUGCCGGCCGUGAUCCGUGAGGCCGGCUGCCACGCGGCGUGCCGCGGCCACCCGUCCGUCGUCGACAUCCUGGACGUGGCGACGGACGCCGACACGGGGGACAUGUUCCUCGUCAUGGAGCUCGUCGCCGGCGGGCUCACCCUGCGCGAGCACCUCUACAAGCCUCUCUCGGAGGACGUGGCCCGCGUGAUGAUGCGGCAGCUCCUGGACGCGGCCGAGAGGCUGCACGGGGCCGGCGUCGUCCAUCGGGACAUCAAGCCCGAGAACGUCCUCGUCACCAUGUUCGGCGAGCUGAAGGUGGGCGACUUCGGGUCGGCGACGCGCCGGAGGCCGCCCGGUGUGCCGUACGAGAAGUGCCGCGUGGGCACGCUGAUCUACACCUCGCCGGAGCAGCUGGAGGGGAACCGGUGCUACGGGCAGGCCGUGGACAUGUGGGCGCUCGGGUGCAUCAUGGCUGAGCUCCUGGCCGACGGGACCCUGUUCGUGGGAGACACGGAGGAGGGCAUGGUCGCCGAGAUGGCCAAGCUACGAGAGCAGAUCGCCUCCACGGGGAAGAUGGACCUGGAGUGGUUCCCGGAUCUUUCGGAAGCCGGGCACGGCCUCCUCACUGGCAUGCUUGCAUUCGACCCCGACCAGAGGCUCACGGCGGUGGAAGCGCUUCACCAUCGGUGGUUCAACAACAACGAGGCCUCUGCUUCGUGA